UUUGCGAUGUAUUUAUUUCCUUGUUUUUUCGUUGAAACAUAUAAGUGUCUAAACACUGGCAUUUGGUAUUUGGUCGGUAUCUACAGAAAUGUAGAGGCAGGCAAGUCGGGUUUAACUUUCUCAGGUUCCGGUGAAGGCUGUCGCCACCUCUUCCAUGGGGAAGUCGCUGGAGUGUCAAAGGAAACCAAAAUGGGAGACAGUUUCCACGAGCAGUUACGUUUGGACAGUUGGUUCCUGAAAUCAGACCAUCGUCUGGACACUGAGCUGGUGGAUAAAAUCAUUCUGCAACUUAACAGAAUCUACCCUCAGAUCCUCACCGACAAAGAAGCCACAAAGUUCCGUGACCUGGACGUGCCCACCUGUGUGCGGCUGGACGCGCUGCUGACACAUCUGCAGCAGAAAAGGGAGGAGGCGUGCCGAGAGUUCUACAGUGCACUCCACCUGCACGCGGAGGAGGUGUACUUCAGCCUGCCAACACGCCUCCGCCGGCGUACGGAAUCCAUGGACACAGUACUGAAUCCAGUCAUGAGCACGAAUGACCGAUUUGUGUUGAAUGAUCAAGGCCCAUUGUUCUUUCUGAGUUGUUUCAGUGCAGUAGUAGGAGCAGCCUUGCUCUAUUACCAUGGGGAUUUUAAAACAGUGUCAGGAUCAAGCAGUGCUCUGGGUCUUGCUGCGCUGGGGAUUGGGAGGAAGGUCAGAGAAGUUCUCAUCUGGUACACAGAAGACAGCUUGAGCAGAUAACUACAAAGUCACCAUGGCACAAUACCUGACUUCUUGGUUAUUAAGUUCAUGCAUUCUGCAAAUGAUGUAAUACUGCCUUGCCUGGACCCCAAAGAGGUUUUUAACUUCUCCAGUCAUUUCCUGUCUCUCCGGUCCGAUUAUGAGAGGUUUUUACGUCCUGCUUAUUUUUACCUUUUUAUGACAAAGCACAGCUGUCAUGAUGAAAGAAACAUUCCCACAUUGUCCUGUAUCAGAUGCAUCGCUUCAUGAUGCCUCAAACAAUACUGCUGCCCCCACCUGCUAGUACGGGUGUUUCACUAGUUGUAUGUUGCAACAACAGAUGAUUUUGACAGACUGUAGGCAAGCCUAUAGAGCUAACCUUGCCUGCCUGUCUGUCUGCACUGUUCUACUAAGGAUAGGAAGUGUCAAAACAGAAGUCUCAUCAUAAUUUAAACAAUCAGAAACAACUGGUGUUGAAGACUUCUUACAAAUUACUAUUAUGAAUAUUAUUGGGGGUUUUUUUGUUGCUAUUUUGUGGUGUCUAGGAUAUGCUACCUUGUAAAAGUGGCUAGAAUUCAGAGAGAGAUUUCAAUCAAUAGGGAGAGAAUGCAGUCCAUAUGAUGAUGGAUUUUAGCUGUUGUGUGGAGCCACUCCAUUGGUGUUUUUUAGUGGUGGAAAAUAGAGGCUUCUGAAUAUUAUCUACUCUGCUAAUUGGUGCAGCAUGCAUGUCUAA